GCAAGAAAAGGAACAAACUUCACGCAAGUUCGAAUAACGAUACAAGUCAGCAAGUGAUCUCUGAAGCGAAUUGUAUCAGUGGACAGUUAAAGGGGUGUGCGCCCCGGUUACUUAGAUACAAUUGUGGUUAUCGUAUUUGACAAUAAACUUUAAUUUAUACUAUAUGAAUUGGAUAUAACACGUUAUCAAUAUGGGAGGAUUAUUAAGUUAUUUUCGUAACUUGCUUGGAAGUCGGGAAAUGAGAAUUUUAAUUCUGGGCUUAGAUGGUGCCGGGAAAACCACAAUCUUGUACAGGUUGCAGGUAGGUGAGGUGGUUACAACAAUACCUACAAUAGGAUUUAAUGUAGAACAGGUUACAUAUAAAAAUUUAAAAUUCCAAGUGUGGGAUCUUGGAGGUCAAACUAGUAUAAGACCGUAUUGGAGGUGUUAUUACUCUAACACAGAUGCAAUAAUUUAUGUUGUUGAUUCAGCUGACAAAGAUAGGAUAGGCAUAUCAAAAGAUGAAUUAAUUUAUAUGCUAAGAGAAGAAGAAUUACAAGGUGCCAUUUUAGUAGUUUUGGCAAAUAAACAGGACAUGGCAGGGUGCCUAAGCGUUGCAGAGGUACAUCAGGCACUUGGGUUAGAUGCUCUUAAAAACAGAACCUUCCAAAUCUUCAAAACAUCUGCAACAAAAGGUGAAGGGCUUGAUCAAGCAAUGGACUGGUUAUCAAAUGCACUGCAAAGUAGAAAAUGAUUAACAUUAUUAAAAACAUUUUUUUACCUAAGCCUUACUAAGAAGACUAGUCAUAUGACUGUCACUUCGAAUAGCCCGUGCAAAGCCUGGGCCCAACAUUUUGUUUAUUUAUUAUAAUUAUAUUUUAAAUACCAUUACGAAUUCCAUAAAAAAUCUAUCCUAUAAUUUAUCAUACUUUACACAAUGUGAUGCAAGAAAUAAAAGUAAAUUAAAACUUUUAUCUUUUUACAAACUUCUAAUAAAAUGAAUAUAGAGAAUCUUUCAUUUAAAUAUCUUUUCUGCAUCGGCAUCAGACGUUUUAUCAUCAUUAUAAUGUAGUUUUUAUUAUUUAAUGACGUAACACGAAUUUUUGGACAAGCGAAUUUUGUUUGUGCGCAAAGUAAUACAUAUACUAUCAGUUUCUAAUCAAUUUUAUAACAAAUUACAAAAUCAUUAUUAUAACUAGCAAUGAAAAGUAUACUGUACAUUAUCAAAAAUAUAUUACUUUUAUUACACCAUUGGCCGAGGCAAUCAUUCAUAGACAUUACAGUAAAAUUGGAAAUCAUUUAAUGUGUCAAUAGUUUGGCAUACUCUGUGAAUAAUUAUGUAAAUAUCUGUAACUGAUUUAGUUUCGUUCAUAUAAUGUAAGACACUUAUAUAUAAAAUAUCCUUUUUUAUAAGAAACAUAAUAUAGAGGCAAGAAAAUCUGACUUAUAAUUAAAGCACAAUAUCUUGAAUACCGCUAUAAAUUUGUUACAUAAAAUUGGAAAAGUUUACUACUGCCGAAUAGACAUGAGAUUAGUAUUUUAAGUGGCAUUCAUUUAAAAUUUUUAUAUAUAUAUAUAUAUAUAUGAAAAAAAAAAAAAAA